GCUACAUUCUCUCUCCCCUGCAGUAGUCCCCUCCACUUUAUAUAUAAACACCACCAUUAUUAUCAUUAUCAUUGUCAUCCAUCAACUUAUAGUAAAGAUUGUCUUUAUUACCUUAAAAUUCAGACACACACAGCAGGAGGCAGAGCAGAGACAUGGGGAGGGCUCCUUGCUGUGACAAAGCCAACGUCAAAAGAGGCCCAUGGUCACCUGAAGAAGAUGCCAAACUCAAAGCUUACAUCGAUCACCAUGGAACCGGUGGAAACUGGAUUGCCCUGCCACAAAAGAUAGGCCUUAAGAGAUGUGGGAAAAGCUGUCGUCUUAGAUGGCUGAAUUAUCUUCGCCCAAACAUUAAACAUGGGGGUUUCUCAGAAGAAGAAGACAACAUCAUCUGCAACCUCUAUGUUAGUAUUGGAAGCAGGUGGUCUAUUAUAGCAGCACAGUUACCUGGGCGCACAGAUAAUGAUAUAAAGAACUACUGGAACACAAGGCUGAAGAAGAAGCUCCUUGGCAAGCAAAGGAAGGAGCAACAGGCUCAGGCUCGCCGAGUCAGUACCAUGAAGCAAGAGAUCAAAAGAGAAACAGAUCAGAAUUUGAUGGUGGCUUCUGGAGUUAACACAACUCAUGCAGCUUUCUAUUGGCCUGCCGAGUAUUCUAUUCCAAUGCCAGUGGCAAAUGCUUCCAUCCAAGACUAUGAUUUUCACAACCAAACAUCCCUCAAGAGCUUGCUAAUCAACAAACAAGGGGGAGUUAGAUUUUCCUAUGAUCAUCAACAGCCAUACUCCAAUGCAAUCACUGCCACCGCAAAUUCGCAAGACCCUUGUGACAUUUAUCCUGCAUCCACAAUGAACAUGAUAAACCCGGUGGCCAUGGUGAGUAAUGCAAACAUUGGUGGAACCACUUGUCAGCAAUCAAAUGUAUUUCAAGGGUUUGAAAACUUCACAAGUGAUUUCAGUGAGCUAGUCUGUGUGAACCCACAAACAAUAGAUGGUUUUUAUGGAAUGGAAUCCUUGGAGAUGAGCAAUGUCAGCAGCACCAACACGCCUUCAGCAGAAAGCACUAGUUGGGGAGAUAUGAGCUCUUUGGUUUACUCACCUUUGGUUUCUGACUAUUUUGGAAUGCAAAUGCAAUAACAGCUUUGUGUAUAAUAUGGGGUGGUGUAAAUUUGGAGUGAUAAAAUUAAACAUUUGGGAUUGACAAACCCUAAUGAGUUCAAUUUCUCUCACAUUUGUUGUUGUUUUUGUGGUUUCUUAUUUUCGUUCCAAUUGUUUUGAACUUCUUCCAUUUGAUUCUCAUUAUGUUUGGAUUU